ACAGCUGUGCAGUUGUCCUGGUGUGUAGACACUGUUGAUAUCUCACACUUCCGCCACACACCGUGUACACUUGUGGACGUGGGUUUAUACACAUGUGUACGUGCACUUGUACACAUGGGAUUAUUUUAUUUCUCUGAUAGUUCCGGUGGACUUAAUGCUAGACAGAAAUACAAGUGCCUUACCGUCAGACAGUCAAGUAGUAAACCAGACAGACAGUUAAACAGACAGACAGUUAAACAGAGUUGGACAGGCAGGCUAUGUAACAGUUGGACAGGCAGGCUAUGUAACAGUUGGACAGGCAGGCUAUGUAACAGUUGGACAGGCAGGCUAUGUAACAGUUGGACAGGCAGGCUAUGUAACAGUUGGACAGGCAGGCUAUGUAACAGUUGGACAGGCAGGCUAUGUAACAGUUGGACAGGCAGGCUAUGUAACAGUUGGACAGGCAGGCUAUGUAACAGUUGGACAGGCAGGCUAUGUAACAGUUGGACAGGCAGGCUAUGUAACAGUUGGACAGGCAGGCUAUGUAACAGUUGGACAGGCAGGCUAUGUAACAGUUGGACAGGCAGGCUAUGUAACAGUUGGACAGGCAGGCUAUGUAACAGUUGGACAGGCAGGCUAUGUAACAGUUGGACAGGCAGGCUAUGUAACAGUUGGACAGGCAGGCUAUGUAACAGUUGGACAGGCAGGCUAUGUAACAGUUGGACAGGCAGGCUAUGUAACAGUUGGACAGGCAGGCUAUGUAACAGUUGGACAGGCAGGCUAUGUAACAGUUGGACAGGCAGGCUAUGUAACAGUUGGACAGGCAGGCUAUGUAACAAACCUUCCGUGGUAUGUUGAAGCUACCUGGACAGAUAAAUACUGAUCUAUUUAUAGACUAGAAAUAAAAACAUUGGAUCUGCUUCAGUAGCAGACCUGAGUCCGUAGGCAGACGGGCGCAUCUCCUGCAGUCAUUCGACUCCUGCAGUCAUUCGACUCCUGCAGUCAUGAAAUGUUGACGAGAGAAACUAACACGUCCACUAACAAUUACUGACAUUUAAAAACAAAAGACCGCAACAACUGUACAUCUUUUCGAUUGUUUUAAUUUGGAUCUAAAAAUAAACAUCACGUAUGUGCUGAUAACCAAUCGUCUGCUAAAUGCCGCGAUCCAAUGACCGCCGACUGCACCAGUUUUAGCCCAAGCAUAAAUAUUGCACUGCUGACCCGUCUAGUGCUGCCGUCUAGUGCUGCCCUCUAGUGCUGCCCCGUCUAGUGCUGCCCUCUAGUGCUGCCCUCUAGUGCUGCCCCGUCUAGUGCUGCCCUCUAGUGCUGCCCCGUCUUUGACGCCAUCUAGCUCAUCAUGCCUGCUGGGAUUAAAAACGGAGCUGCAUGUUCAGAAGAAAAUGAACUUUUAAAUGCGACAUCAAUUAAGAUGACGGAAGCACCAUUCGGCAGGUCCGAGUCUGAUGACGACAUUGUGGAGGACUAUGAGGACUCGGUCAGCUUCAAGACGCCCUGCCUUAGGAGCCGCACCCCCCUGGAGACGCUCCUGCUGGCGCUGCUUCUCGUGGCCCUAGUCGUUAUCAUAGGGCUGGCAGUGGGCUUGACACGCCCCCAGGUUGUCCCAGUGACCAAGUACUGCCAGAGCCCUGCGUGUGUCAAGUCCGCCAGCUCCAUCCUGUCUAACGUGGACUGGAGUGUCGACCCCUGCACAGACUUCUACCGCUUCGCCUGUGGUCAGUGGAUCAAAACCCAGCCCAUCCCCCGGGGGUACCACCACUGGGACCGCUUCCAGGAACUUAGCGGGCACAACCUCUACGUGCUGAGUAACCUCAUAGAGACGAAGCCUGCGAGCGGGGAAAGUUUUGAGAAGACCCGCCGCUUCUACCAGAGCUGUACCAGCUCCGGCUCCAACAAGACGGACAUCCUGCAGCAGUUUGCCCAGCUGAUUGAUGACGUCGGCGGCUGGAGCUACAGCAAGAAUGACUCAUUCGACGAGUGGUCAUUCAUGGUGGCGCUAGAGAGGAUCCAUCAACUUGGAGCCUGGCCACUGUUUAAACUCCUGGUCGAGGUGGAUGAAAGGGACCCAACUCUUCAAAAUAUUAUCAAGAUUGAUAUAGGUGAGACAGUGCUGCCACCAGACUUGAUACCUUACCAGUGGAACUUUACCAACAAUGGCACAACCAAUAACUCUGUACCAAUCAAAGAUUCUAUUCAGUUGAAGAAAGUUUUCAUGGCUGAGACAAUUCAACUGUUUAGGUCUUUUGGUGCUAAUGAAACAGAUGCCAAAAACAGGGCUGAACAAAUGCUAGAAAUUGAAAAAAUCAUCACAUCUGCAUCUGCAGGCUAUCACCACCUGCAUGACAGGUUCAGCCUGUACAAUGUCAUGACUGUUGCUCAGCUGGAGUUUAAUUAUUCCAUGCUACUGUGGCCACAAUACCUGAACUCUCUGGGAUUUUUUGUUGGUACUGAAACAGAGGUCGUUGUCCUCCACCCUGACUACAUGGCUAGAAUAAGUCAUUUUCUGCGAGACUAUUACAAUGGACCCAUAGAGAAGCAACGAAUUUUGAGAGAUUACCUUGCCAUCAGUUUACUGCGUUCUUUCCGGCCAUUUUUUGAUAAAUCUAUCUUUGAGAUUACAGAAACAGAAGAGGACGAAAUGGAGGAAGUCUGGAAGAGAUGCACUUUCUACACCAACAAAGCAAUGGGCUUUACAACGGGAGCUCUCUAUGUGAAAGGCACUGAUUCUGAGGGCAGUGUUGAGAAGAUGGAAAAACUCAUUACAUAUGUGAAGAAUGCAUUUAAAGAUUUUUUGCUGAACAAAUACUGGAUGGACAAAAAGACUAGGGGGAAAGCUGAAGAGAAGGUUGAUGCCAUUAUAGAUAAGAUCAGCUAUCCUUCUUACAUACUCAACAAUACUUUCCUUGAUAAAUAUUAUGAGAAUUUUGAUGUUAAACCUUAUGAUUGGCUCUCUAAUCUUCUGUCUUGGCGGAGAUUUUUACUGGGCAAUAUGAAUGUAGACCUGCAUGUAGUGCCAGACAGAAAAUCCAGCUGGAUGCGACCACCAGUGACUGUCAAUGCCUACUACUCACCAACAAGAAACGAUGUCAUUUUUCCCAUUGCUAUGUUCCACUUGCCAUUUUACAUUCCAGAUGGCCCCAGUGCUGUCAACUUUGGCGCCAUGGGCUCCAUCAUAGGUCAUGAGAUAACCCAUGCCUUUGACUUUCAAGGACGCCAGUAUGACGGGCAGGGCAAGCUGACAGACUGGUGGGAUGAGCAGACUGCCAGCAACUUCCUGCAGACAACGGCCUGCAUGAAAGACCAGUACAGCAGCAUGAAGGUCAGGGGUGUCAAUAUUGACGGAGAUUUUACUCUAGAUGAAAACAUUGCAGACAAUGGAGGACUGAGGGCUGCCAUGUUUGCUUACCAGCUGUGGGUGGAGGAAUUUGGGGAGGAGCUGAACCUUGCAGGGCUGAACAUGUCCAUGUACCAGGUCUUCUACACCAGCUUUGCUCAGAUGUACUGCAGCAAAUGGACAGACUCAGGGCUCUUCUAUCACCUCCUAACAGACCCACAUAGCCCAGGUUAUGCCAGAGUAAAUGGACCUCUAUCAAACAGCCCAACAUUCAACUGGGCCUUUCAGUGCCCCAUGGCCAGUCCCAUGAAUCCUCGGACAAAGUGUGAGGUCUGGUGAAACCUGCUGUAUCUGACCAGUGGGUGGGCUGAGUCAGUAAAGAACCUGAUUUGGGACAAACUUUUGGUUGUGUCAACAAGUUGUUUUGUCAACUGUUGCAAGCUUUGAAAACUCUCAUCUCUUGUACAGACCACCAUCUCAAUCAUGUGAUACACAGAUCAUGUGAUACACAGAUCAUGUGAUACACAGAUCAUGUGAUACACAGAUCAUGUUGUACAUUGAUCAUGUGAUACACAGAUCAUGUGAUAUGUAGAUCAUGUGAUACACAGAUCAUGUGAUACACAGAUCAUGUGAUACACAGAUCAUGUGAUACAUUGAUAAACAGAGGACCUGGCCUGGAAGGCUUCAGAUUUUUCCUUUGCCUUCUGGUAAUUUUUUUUUCAACACAGAGCUAACCUUUAAGCAGAAGUUGUUCUCUCUCUCCCCUACAUACACACAUACAGACGGUUGUUGGCAAGAAAAUUGCUUUUACAAGCUGCAGAUAUGAUGGAGGCUUGAGUUUUGUGAAAUCUGCUUGGAUCAUGAGCUGCUACUGAUGGCUACUGCUUGUCCAUUCUUUUCUAUUGAUGGCAAAUUAUUUUAGUAGGGUUAUGGCUCUUAUCUAAAGUCAAAAAUUGAAAAUUUGAGAGGGAAAUUGAGGAAAACUUUUGCAGUGUGAAAGUUUGAAAAUCAGAAAUGAAUGACUUGAGUCAAUGUUUGGUUGAGUACCUGAAUAAUUCUCUUUGAAAUCAAGGGAGCAGUCAUUUGUUUCAAGUCAUGUUUGAAACCAAGGGAGCAGUCAUUUGUUUCAAGUCAUGUUUGAAACCAAGGGAGCAGUCAUUUGUUUCAAGUCAUGUUUGAAACCAAGGGAGCAGUCAUUUGUUUCAAGUCAUGUUUGAAACCAAGGGAGCAGUCAUUUGUUUCAAGUCAUGUUUGAAACCAAGGGAGCAGUCAUUUGUUUCAAGUCAUGUUUGAAACCAAGGGAGCAGUCAUUUGUUUCAAGUCAUGUUUGAAAUGAUAAUCCAUUGCCCUCUGAGACGCCUUUAUGAAUUGUGCAUGCUCCUGGCCUUUAUAACUAGUACACAUCAUGUUACAACACAUCAUGUUACAACACAUCAUGUUACAACACAUCAUGUUACAACACAUCAUGUUACAACACAUCAUGUUACAACACAUCAUGUUACAACACAUCAUGUUACAACACAUCAUGUUACAACACAUCAUGUUACAACACAUCAUGUUACAACACAUGUUACAACACAUCAUGUUACAACACAUCAUGUUACAACACAUGAUAUAACAUAAUGUUACAACACAUGAUGUUAAAGAUGACGUUACAACAUAUGAUGUUGUAUAUAAUGUUUCAAGUGCCUAUUUUAUUAUGUUCACAUAAUGUUCCUUGUUGUGUGCAGUUGUUUGAUUUACUUUUUUCUUUCUUAGCAACCUCCAAGUCCUAUUUUUCAAUCUUUACUAACUUUUCACUUUUAAAAGCUUUUUCUUCAUUUUCUAACUGCCAACAUCAAAACAAAUUUCUGUAUCUGUACAAGAUACACUGUCAGCCAAAAUUGCAAAGAACUAUUCAUUUGUGUGGUGUAAAUAUUUCUUGUAUAUUCAUGUAUUAAAGGACUAAAUGCUGAACUGCCAUAAUGUCAGGUCAGUCUGUUAGAUGCAACACUGAUCUACAACACAACCCAAACCUGCAACAAUGCUCUGGUCAAGAUGAUUCAACCCAUUUUGUCUGGUCCAACAAAACAUCUGAAGUCGUAUUCUAGUUGACAUAAAGGGAGUAAACAAAGUUUAGAGACCCAACAAUGAACAUGAGGAUUAGCUCAGCUAUACACAUACAAGCAUAUACGUAAUGUAUACAACACUAAUAGAUGCCUAUUAUUAGUAUUUUCUGUAACUAGCCUGUAUAAAAUAAGAAUUUGGUCACAAAAUUUUACUACACUCAGCAGUUUUGCCACCGCUUAGUACAUUUUUAAAUGUCAAGUCUGAGAGAAAUCUACCAUUCCAUUCUUUAGUUCGUUAUUUCUUGUAUGUUGUUCACACUUGACCUAGUGCACAGAUAACUGCACUAGUGCACAGAUAACUUCACUAGUGCACAUUUGGAAUAGACCUGGCCAGGAGCUGCAGAUAUUGUCCAUGUUUGAUCUGCACUACCAUUUCUUGCUGCAGAUAUUGUAUAUGUUUGAUCUGCACUACCAUUUCUUGCUGCAGAUAUUGUCCAUGUUUGAUCUGCACUACCAUUUCUUGCUGCAGAUAUUGUCCAUGUUUGAUCUGCACUACCAUUUCUUGCUGCAGAUAUUGUCCAUGUUUGAUCUGCACUACCAUUUCUUGCUGCAGAUAUUGUACAUGUUUGAUCUGCACUACCAUUUCUUGCUGCAGAUAUUGUCCAUGUUUGAUCUGCACUACCAUUUCUUGCUGCAGAUAUUGUCCAUGUUUGAUCUGCACUACCGUUUCUUGCUGCAGAUAUUGUCCAUGUUUGAUCUGCACUACCAUUUCUUGCUGCAGAUAUUGUACAUGUUGAUCUGAUUCUUGUAUAAAUCCCCAGCCUAAAAUUGUAAUAAAACUCUGCAGCAAGUCCGGGUGUCAAUGUACAUAUACUUUUGUAUCUUUAAAUGUAAUUAUUUAACAGUUGUAUAAUCUAUGAGUUCUUUAAUAUAAGACUUGACAAAAAUAGUGAUACAUUGUCUUUGAGAUGUGAUAAAAGUGAGUGAUGUGACAAAACAGUCAUAUAUUGGGACAAAAUUGUGAUAGAUUAUGGCUAAUCUGACACGGCAAACAUUGCGAGUAGUGUGGCCAUUUUUCAUACAUUGUGACAAAAUAAUGACAGCCUGUGGUUGGUUACUAAUGCAAGUGUUUUGUGUACAAGAUCAAAAUAGAUAGCCCACUUGUAAAUUUGUUUUAACAAUUGAAAUUAUUUUAGCAUCAAGAGGUUGGCCAUCAUGAAGGAUUUAAAAGUUUUAUUUUUUAUUUGGUUGUUAAAUAAAAUGUUUGUUGUAUCCCCUUUGUUUCUUCUGUGGCGAUGUCAUAGACUGGAGUUCUAAAAUAGGGGUAGUCACUGACAGUUUCAUACACUGGAGCUCUUAAAUAGGGAAGAUCACUAGCUGAUAAGUGACGUGCACAAAUUUUGCCAAGCCUAUUUUCAUCUAGUUCUGGUCCAAGGAUCUACUUGUUAACCUUAGAAUGUUUUUGUCAACAUAGAUAAAUGGCCUUUUUGUUUUCCCUCCUAGGAUGUAAACAUAGAUCCACCAUUUUGUUCAUGUAGUCAUGUGACCUGUCUUCCACAACGAACAUGUACAUAAGCACCCACCCCUAGCCGUCUUUAAAAUAAACAUCUGCCUCUCGA